GAAUUCAUAUUUAUUUUUAUGCAAACCAGUAUUUCUUUGCAUAGUUUCUGUUUUGUAUAGUAUGAUUUCUAAUUGGGAAUGUACUAUUUAAAAAGGAGAAUUGAACGGCUUGACGUGCUUCAUUUUAGUUGGAUCACCGUUAUAAUGAAUUCAAACUUCAUGCAAUUAUGUCAGAACAUAAAAAAGACAAUCACGGCAAUCUCUUGGUGUCCACAUAACCCUGACCUGUUUGCAAGUGGCAGUACUGACAACUUAGUGAUCAUUUGGAAUGUUGCAGAGCAAAAAGUCAUUGCUAAACUCGACAACAUCAAAGGGACACCUGCUUGUCUCGGCUGGUGCUGGAACACAGAUGAUGCUGUGGCCUUUGUUUCCCAGAAAGGUCCUCUGCUCAUUUGGACCAUCUCGGGACCAAACAGUGGAGUGUCCGUACACAAAGAAGCUCAUAGUUUUGUGUCCGAUAUCUGUAUAUUUAGAUGGCACACCCAAAAGAAGGGAAAAGUUGCAUUUGGUCAUAUUGAUGGAAGCAUAUCAAUUUUUCAGCCUGGUAGUAAACAUCAGAAGCACGUUCUGAGACCUGAGUCUCUUGAAGGAACAGAUGAAGAGGAUCCAGUGACAGCCCUGGAGUGGGACCCCCUAUCCACUGACUAUCUUCUGGUGGCUAAUUUGCAUUAUGGGAUUCGCCUGCUGGAUUCUGAAUCACUGUAUUGCAUCACAACGUUUACUUUUCCCAGUGCAGCAGUGUCUGUGCAGUGCUUAGCCUGGGUUCCCAGUGCUCCAGGCAUGUUCAUAACUGGAGAUUCUCAAGUGGGUGUUUUACGUAUUUGGAAUGUUUCAAGAACAACACCUAUCGAUAAUUUUAAAUUAAAGAAAACGGGAUUUCACUGCUUACAUGUCGUUAAUUCUCCUCCAAAGAAAAAAUUUUCAGCUCAGUCUCCAAACAAAAAUCAUUAUACCUCCUCAACAAGUGAAGCAGUUCCGCCCCCAAAUUUGACACAAAAUCAAGCAUUUUCUCUUCCUCCUGGUCAUGUUGUGUGCUGUUUCUUGGAUGGUGGAGUUGGGCUUUAUGACAUGGGAGCCAAGAAGUGGGAUUUUCUUAGGGAAUUGGGCCAUGUGGAAACUAUAUUUGACUGCAAAUUCAAACCUGAUGAUCCUAAUCUCUUAGCAACAGCUUCAUUUGAUGGCACUAUAAAAGUCUGGGAUGUAAACACCUUAACAGCAGUGUAUACUUCUCCUGGUAAUGAGGGGGUCAUUUUUGCUCUUUCAUGGGCUCCAGGUAAGACUUCCUUUUAUUAAAACCCAGAAUGAAAUAAAGUGACUUUCCUAAAUCUUAUUCAAAUUUAUCUUCUUCAUCCAGAUUUAAUCUUAUUCCAAAUGGCUGUAGAGGCAAAUUAAUAGCAACUUUUUUGUCAGUUCAGCUUCUGUGAGAUGUAAGGCUUUUUAUAGCAUAGCUCACCUGCAAAAGAACUUUGAUUCCUGGGCUAUUAAGAUAACAGCCACAUAGAAAACCUUCAGUAAAUCUAGAUGAUUUGAAUAUUAUCUAAUUUUGGCUCUAUUUGUAGAGCUAUGCCUUUAAAGAUUAAUGGAUUUUGCACGAUAAAACUUUUCCUGAAAAU